UAACAUAAAUUUGACUUCCAAAGUGCUGUUUAUGUUUUGAGUUGUUUAUGGAGUGCCCCUACAAGGGACGAGUCUUUGUCAUGAAGUCACUGUCCAUUGUGCUGAAAACAAAAAAGCGAGGGGAGUGUGUUUGAUAAAGCCACGAUCAAAGUAGCCAAUGUGCACCAUUUAGGCCUACGUUUCUUGAUGGAAUGAGGGAAUGCCUUUUUUGUGGAGGAAACUAUCUGGAAUGUGAUCACUUGGUGUCACUAUGCGAGCAGAAAAGCGUUUAAAGAGACGCCUUUGUCUGAGAUUAGGGUCCUCCCCAUUGUGGGCAUGGAUUUUAUAUUUCAGGACUGGGUGCAUCCCUUGCUCUCACUGCAACGAUUUUACAUCCACAAAUAGGAUAACAUCCAAGAAACAGCACACUUUAUUGAACAUAGAGUACGUUUUUUGUAUUUGAUGAGGUCGUUAUCCUAAGACAUGGAUAUUUAUUUUCAUCUUUUUGCUCUGGAGCAAAAAAGACCUGGACCAUCGCGAGAGCAAUGGCGGUGGGUCGCUUUCAUUGUUUUAUCAGGUUUGCUUUGGAGCACAGUUUCCGCGCAAAUAAGAUACUCCAUCCCCGAGGAAGUUGAAAAGGGAACCGCUGUUGGGAAUAUAGCAAAGGAUUUGGGGUUAGAGAAAAGCACACUGAAGGAAAGAGGAUGUCGUGUUGUGGAGGGUUCAACGGAGUCAUUCUUUCAUGUAAACCAGAACGACGGAUUAUUGUAUGUUGACCGUGUAAUUGACAAGGAGAAGGUUUGUGAGAGGAAUAGUGUGUGCUUAAUAAAUCUGAAAACCGUGCUGGAAAACCCUCUUGAAAUUCAUUAUGUGACUGUAGAGGUGCUGGACGUGAAUGACCACUUUCCCACCUUCAACACCAAAGAGUCACGUCUCGAAAUUUCAGAGUCCGUUCUCCCAGGCUUGCGUCUCCAGUUGCCAGCAGCACACGAUUCUGAUGUCGGUCAAUUUUCUGUCCAGGAGUACAAACUUAGUCCAAAUGAUCAUUUCCGUUUGGAAGUCAAAGAUCGGGGAAAAGAUGGAAAAAUACCGAUAUUAGUUUUACUAAAAACGCUAGACAGGGAAACAAAGAAAAGUCAUAAGCUGCUACUAACAGCCAUUGACGGAGGAAAACCAAGUAAGUCCGGAACAGCUGAAAUAAUUGUUGACGUCUUAGACGUUAAUGAUAAUAUGCCAGUAUUUAACGAAGACACUUACUCGGUUCUUUUGGAAGAAAAUGCUCCUAUUGAUACAACAAUUAUACAAGUAAAUGCUUCUGAUUUAGAUGAAGGUUCCAAUGGCGAGGUUAUCUAUUCUUUAGGCAAGAAUGUGAACAGCAGAAUACGCGAACUUUUUCGUGUAGAUCCAAUAACAGGAGAAAUUAUUGUUCGAGGACUGAUAGACUUUGAAUCAGAGGAAAGUUAUGAAAUUGAUAUACAAGCGUCUGAUAAGGGAUCUGCUCCUUUGAGGACGGAUAAAAGUGUGUUGGUGAAUAUUGUGGAUUUAAAUGACAACAUCCCUCGUAUAGAGAUUACAUCGUUUUCGAGGGCAAUACCAGAGGAUGCUAGACUGGGAACCACUGUGGCAUUAAUAAGUGUCCAUGAUAAAGACUCUGGUCUUAAUGGGAAAGUUAUUUGUUCAUUCGAUAAAGAUGUUCCAUUCACAUUAUCACCUUCUACACAUGACAACAUGUAUUCUAUAGUCACAAAAUCGCUCCUAGAUAGGGAAAAACAGUCCAAAUAUGAUGUAACAAUUGUAGCAAAAGAUGCAGGUGUGCCAUCGUUGUCUUCUGAAAGAAGCAUUAGUAUUAUUGUAUCAGAUGUAAAUGAUAACAAUCCAAAGUUUUCAGCAAGCCCUUACACAUUUUAUGUUACUGAGAAUAACUCUCCGGGAGCAACAGUGUUUUCGGUGGAGGCAUCUGACCUCGACGAAGGAGAUAAUUCUCGUAUUUUGUACAAUAUUUUAAGAAAUGGAAAAGAGAAUAACAACAAUCACGCAUUCAAUCUCAACAUCAACUCUGAAAACGGACACAUAACCGCGCUGAAAAGUUUUGACUUUGAAACAGUGAAAACGUUCCAGUUCCAAGUUGUGGCCACAGAUUCUGGAACUCCGUCACUAAGCAGCAACGUCACAGUGAACGUGUUUAUUCUGGAUCAGAACGACAACGCUCCAGUCAUCCUGUAUCCAGUCAGCUCCAACGGGUCUGCUGAAGGUGUGGAGGAGAUUCCCCGCAAUGUGAACGCAGCACACUUGGUGACUAAAGUCAGAGCCUAUGACGCUGAUAUAGGAUAUAACGGCUGGUUACUGUUUUCACUGCAGGAAGUGACUGAGCACAGUCUCUUUGCUUUGGACCGCUAUACAGGACAGAUCAGAACACUUCGCUCAUUCACAGAGACAGACGAGGCUGAGCAGAAACUGGUCAUACUGGUCAAAGACAAUGGAAACGUUUCCCUCUCUGCAACAGCUACUGUCAUUGUCAAAGUUGUGGAGCCCAAAGAGGCUUUUGCUGCUUCUGAUGUUAAAAGUGCAACAAACGACGAUGAGGAGAGUAAUGUCACUUUUUAUCUCAUGAUAACUUUGGCCUCAGUUUCAGCACUUUUUCUCAUCAGCAUCAUCGUGCUCAUUGCAAUGCAGUGCUCCAAAUCCACAGACUACACUUCCAAAUACCUACAAGAGACUAAUUAUGACGGGACACUGUGUCACAGCAUCCAGUACAGAUCUGGAGAGAAACGCUACAUGUUAGUGGGACCCAGAAUGAGUAUAGGAUCUACUAUUGUCCCGGGCAGCCAUGCCAACACACUAGUUCUCCCUGACAGGAGGAGAACUUCUACUGAGGUAAGAGCUUUAACACGCACAGAGGAAACGCUUGAAUUGAACAUGCGAGCCGAAUGA